CUUACUAGACAAUGUAGCUGAAUAGCUCAAGCAAACACAACAUAUCAUUCUCGACACCGGAUCAAAAACUCCUUCCAGCUAUAACCAGGAAUAUUCAAUGUAGAAAUUAAUAAUGGAUCUAUAGUAAAUGCCUUCCGUCGAAACCAGCGAUAGCCCAUACUUUGUCCAAGAGUUUUAUGGAAUUCAUCUAAAGCAGUCAGGCCAUAAAAUCAUGGAGAGGAAUGGUGUGCCGUCACCCCGUGUGGUCACAAUGGUUUAAAUCUUACUAUUUAAUGAGAUCUGGCAACUUUACGAGAGAAAAUAUGGAGGACACCUUUAUGAAUGUAUGAAAAUGGCCAGGAAGUCUGUUUUAUCUUGUCACACAAAAACAUUCGAUGAGAUAUGGAGAACAUUAACAGGUAGAUAAAGGAUGGGACAAACUGUCUCCACGGCAACCAGCAACAAAUCUGACGACAACAGCUGCAUUGUAACACUCUAUAACAAAAACAAUUGAACUGUAUAGGAACCUAUAUAAGGUUCCGCGAACAUUUACAUGAUUUGUUUUACCUUAAAAUAGAACUUAGCGGGAACUUCAUAGAAUAAUAGGUCUCUGGCACAAGAUAUCUUCAUCAUAAUGAACCAGUGUUGUGAUUGGCUAGUUUUAUGGCGUUGGGAUCUAACAGAAAACUCAUGGAGAGAAUGCCAUAUAAAUAAUCUGCAAUGUGAUGUGACUGCAGAGUGAAACUGUGAUAGAGGAACUCGAUACGUUACAACCAUGUCGACGACAAAAGUUUCACCAGAUAUACAAAUAACGGAAGUAUCAUCAGAUGAGGAAUCCGAAAAAAUAGACUCUGUGAACCUGAUGGACACUAAAAGCUCUUCUCUUCACUCGGCCAUCAUCUACGGUGACCUUGAAGAGGUCACAGAACUUAUCAAUAAUGGAAGCAGCAUAAAUGAAAAAGUUAAAGGUAAUUUCUCCAUACAAAGUGGAACAAAAAAAUCAAAGGAGAUCAACUACGCUGAAAUGGACUACUAUGGAGAAUACCCAUUGGCAUUUGCCACAUCUUACGCGAACGAGGAGAUCUAUGAUUUCCUGAUAAACCACGGUGCUGAUCCAGAUCUGCCGGAUUCCUAUGGCAACACUGUCCUCCAUGUUGCUGUUGUUGCUGACAAGAUCGAAAUGUUUAAGUUCUGUGUGCGUCAUCCGAAAAAACCAGCAAACACGGUUGCGAAAAACAAUGCCAACUUCACCCCCCUUUCCCUAGCAUGCAAGCUUGGACGCCAUUCCUUGUUCAAAGCCAUGUUGGAAAUGGGCAGUUUGGAGUUCUGGCGGUACAGUAACACCACUUGCUCUGCCUACCCUCUGCUCGCUCUCGACUCCAUCGGUCCCAGUGGCAAUACAAACAUGUAUUCAGCACUCAUCCUCAUAAUAAAUGGCGAGACAGAUGACCAUCUUGAAUUGCUUGAGGGUGGAGUGAUGAGGCAACUCCUCGAUGAGAAAUGGGAGCGUUAUGCCAAAAAAUGGUUCUUCCAGCGUCUUAUAAUGGCAUUUGUUCAUCUUAUUCUGAUUAGUGUAGCAGUUUACACCCGCCCGGCAGAAGGAUUAUUGCUUGUACACGGUGUUAAAGAUAUUGUACGAUUUGUCAGCGAAAUACUUGUGUGCAUAGGUUGUGUUCUCAUUUUGAUCAUCGACAUAGGGGAAGUUGCCUCACAAGGAUUCUGGGCUUUUUUGAAGAAUUCUCGUCACUCGCCAGCACAAACUAUAUUCCUAUUUUCUUGUCUCCUCAUCAUGUUGUGUAUCCCACUCCGCUUUACUGGGUAUGAAACAGCAGAAAGUGUCCUUCUGAUUGUAGCAGUGCCUGGGUCCUGGUUCUACCUGCUGUUCUUCGCCAAGGGUUAUCCUCUCACUGGGCCAAUGAUUGUCAUGACAUACCAGAUGCUUGCCACCGACAUGAUGAAAUUUGGAAGCAUGUACGGGAUUUUCGUCUUGCUUUUCUCGCAAGUGUUUUACUUCCUGUUCCAGGGAACGGAGGGUAUUCCUGCUGCAGAUAAUAUAUGGGAAACAUCUAUGACCCUAUUCCAAAUGACCUUAGGUGAGUUUAAGUAUGAUGAUUUUGAGAAAACCAAGUACCCUGCAUUGACUAAAACUGUGUUUGUGUUUUUCAUGGUCCUUGUGCCAAUCCUUCUCCUCAACAUGCUUAUCGCCAUGAUGGGCAACACUUAUCAGCAGGUCGUUUCCAAAUCUGCCAAAGAAUGGCGACGACAGUGGGCCAAAAUUGUAGUGGUUCUGGAAAAGGGAUUUACAAAAAAGAACCUUCUAAAAUUCCAGAUGGAGUAUUCUGUGAAACUUUCUGGGGAGCCACGUGUUGUUUUCGGCAGUCUUCCUAAGAAAGAUAGUGCUGUAGAACAGAGAGGGUUAGUGGUCAUCAAACAACAAAAUAGAACGGUUGCUCGGAAAAAGAAAGCAGCUAUAUCCUUCUGGAGACGCGCCAACAAGCUCAUUGUUGACCAAAUCAGGCAUCAAAAGAAAAAUGGUCUUACGGGACAGCUCAAUGUGAAGCCGUCUAUCUCACGUCGAGUGUCAAUGCUCUCGGACGAUGACAAUAAAGGCUUCUCAACCAUGCUGGAAAGACUGGCAUGGGAGAAGGACAUAGAUCUCACCAAGGGUAAGGCCUUUAUGACAAAUCCAGAUGAUAUUGAAGGAAUUACUCACACAGCUAAACUGACAGACGACAAAUAGGGCAAUAGUGUAAGAAUAAUGUCUCCAAAACUUCAUCAUAUAAAAUACAUUGUAUGGUUGAAAUGCAUAAAUACGUGUAGUUUUAUAGUUGGAAGUUGUGAGGAUGGAUUAUAAGAUUCCAGUGAAGCCUUUAGUAUGGACAGAAAAUGGUUAGUCAAACUUAUGUAUAAAUUGAUAAUUCUCUGAAACGUACAUCAAAAGAAAAUUAUGAAGCUUUUAUCUCAAACCAGCCUGAGCCUCCUUAAGGCCUGAUACAGGUAUAUAGUAUGACCUGGUCAGAACAUGUUCUUACAGAAUAGUUAUUUGUAUGAUUCUGUAUAAUUAUACUAACACAGUCAAUACCUGUAUGUGUCUGUGUGUACUUAUACAGUAAAUACCUGUAUGUUUCUGUGUAGUUACACAGUAAAUACCUGUUUGUUAAUCUGUGUUACCUUACACUGUAAAUACCUGUAUGU